AUGCUCGCCUCUAACCUCGAGAGUGGCCAGGUGACCGCUGUUUGUGAGGAUGGACGUGUGUGCAUGGAGCUUAGUGUGCAGACUGGGGUGUCCGUGUGUGCCCGGAAGGAGGUGGAUCUUGAGCGAAGCUUCACGUUUCGGAACUCGAAGCAGACCUACUCGGGGAUUCCCGUCAUUGUGGCCAACAUGGACACCGUGGGGACGUUUGAGAUGGCAGUGGUGAUGUCACAGCACUCCAUGCUUACAGCAAUUCACAAGCAUUACACCCUGGAUGACUGGAAGCUCUUUGUCGCUAAUCACCCAGAAUGCCUGCAGCAUAUAGCCGUGAGUUCAGGCAGUGGGAAGAAUGAUCUGGAAAAGAUGAGCAGCAUCCUGGAAGCCGUGCCGCAGGUUAAGUUUAUUUGCCUGGAUGUGGCCAAUGGAUACUCGGAACACUUUGUGGAAUUCGUGAAGCUCGUCCGGGCCAGAUUUCCAGAACACACCAUCAUGGCAGGGAACGUGGUGACGGGAGAGAUGGUGGAAGAGCUUAUUCUUUCAGGAGCAGAUAUAAUCAAAGUGGGCGUUGGACCAGGUUCCGUGUGUACCACCCGCACCAAGACGGGAGUGGGCUACCCGCAGCUGAGUGCUGUGAUCGAGUGCGCAGACUCGGCCCACGGCCUGAAGGGGCACAUCAUCUCGGUGAGUGUCCAAGCGGGGCUGGUGGGAGGGUCUGGGAGCAUCUGAGGAAGGCCCCUGCUC